UCAAGCCAUGCAAGCAUGAUACGAGCAGCAGCAGUCACGAAAAAACACGUUGAUUUAAACGCGCUUAAUUUCUUUUGUUUUUGGUUUUUCUGUUAUCAUGUCUGAAGAACUAAAGACCAAGGCACAGCAACUUUUUGAAGAAGGCAAAGCUUGUUUUCAAAAAAACGAACACGAAGCAAGUGUCAGCAAACUUGGGGAAGCCUGUCAGCUCUUGGAUCAACUCAACGGUGACUUGGCUCCUGCUAACGGUGACGCUUACUUUUUAUAUGGACAAGCACUUCUUCAGUAUGCUAUUCAUCAAAAUACAGUUCUUGGUCAGUCUGCUCAAGCUUCUGCAGAAGCUGUUGAAAAGCAACAAGAACAAGAACAAGAAGUUAAAUCGAGCAAUCCAUUGUUCCAAUUGAACGCUGUUCCUGAAUUUAAUGCUACAACUGAAGAAGAGAAAGAGGAAGAGGAGGAUGAAGAGGAAGAGGAAGAUGCUGUUGAACAAGGAGCAGCUGAUGAUGAUUUUGAAACAGCUUGGGAUAUUCUUGACGUUGCCCGUGUUAUUUUCGAAAAAGGAGAAGACAAAGAAACCCAAUUGAAAUUAGCUGAUGUACAUCUAUGUUUGGGCGAUGUCUCAUUAGAAACAGAAAAAUUCAACGAAGCACUUGCUGAUUAUGAAAAGGCUAUAUCUAUCAAACAGUCUGUUUUGGAAAGCGAUAACCGAGAAUUAGCUGAAGCCCACUACAAGUAUGCUUUAGCAUUGGAGUUCUCGACCGAAAAGGCAAAUGAAGCAGUUCCCGAAUUACAAAAGGCCGUCCAAGUGCUGCAAAAUAGAGUUGAAAAAUUGGAAACAAGUGAAGGAAAAGGCAAAGGAAAGGAAACAGAAGUGAGCAAAGGUGCUUCUGAUGAGAUUCUCGAGAUCAAAGAACUGAUUACAGACAUGCAAUUAAAGAUUGAAGAUUUGGAACAAAGACAAGCAACUGAAAAAGAAGCAGAAGCUUUAUUGAAAGCCAUGUUGGGAUAUGGAAAGGAGAAAACAGAAGCCAAACAAAUCUCUGCCUCUACACCUGUCAAUGAUUUGACUACACUUGUAAAACGAAAAGUGAAAGAAGUUACCAAGGAAGAACAAGAUACAAAGGAUAAGAAACAAAAGUUAGAGUAAUAAAUUAGCCUUCCCUGAGUUUAAAUCUAUACAACAAAAAGGCGGUU